GGGAAAAAGUAACAACUAGAAAGGUGAUUUGGGAUGCAGGCCGCUGCGCUAGUAGGAGGGACGUCAGCACACGUCAGGCGGAUUAUUCUCAACGUAAGGCCGGUUCAACGCAACCUCGUGCGGGUAAAAGCGGCCAGGAUGGCUACGGACGCUACAGGGAGCGAGCUGCCGUUAAAAUACCUCGGUCAAGAAGAGGCCCAGCAGAUAGACCAGGAGUUGUUUAAUGAGUACGCGUACAGUGUGGAUCAGCUGAUGGAGCUGGCCGGCCUGAGCUGUGCCGUGGCCCUCGCCAAGUCCUACCCGCUCACCUCGCUCAAGAAGGACGCCACGGUGCUGGUCUGUUGCGGGCCGGGGAACAACGGCGGGGACGGGCUGGUCUGCGCCAGACAUCUCAAGAUGUUUGGUUACAACCCCUCAGUGUUUUACCCCAAGAGGACAGACAAGCCUCUGUACAAGAACCUGACCCUACAGUGUGAGCAGCUGGACAUCCCGUUCCUGUCCCACCUGCCCAAACCUCAGCUGCUCAGCGACGGAUUCAGCUACAUCGUCGACGCCUUGUUUGGCUUCAGCUUCAAGGGCGAGGUCAGGCCGCCGUUCGGAGACAUCCUGAAAACCCUGAAGGAAGUCACGGUGCCAGUCUGUAGCAUUGAUGUUCCAUCAGGUUGGGACGUAGAGGGUGGAAACCCAGAUGGUCUCCAGCCAGAGUUUCUCAUCUCGCUGACAGCGCCCAAGAAGUGUGCAGAGAAGUUUGCCGGGAGGUACCACUAUCUCGGGGGGAGGUUCGUUCCACCGGGGAUCAUCCAGAAAUACGAGUUGAACCUACCGACAUACCCGGGUACGGAGCCCUGCAUCAGGCUGCAUUGACACAAGGGGAUGGUUUCAAAUUCCAAGUGUGUUUUGUAAAGAAUCUGUUGCCAUUGAAGUUUGCAUCUAGUGCAGUUGUGCUAAAAAAUUAAAGACUUGAGUUUUGGGGAGUAUGAG